AACUCACACUCACGCGUGUACACACUUUUACGCCUGUACUCACGGCCUCUUGCCAACACACAGACACCCACUGGUUAUCAUUUGAAGUCACUCUACUGACAAUGCUGACAGUCCCUUGGUUUGUGACGUCCACCAUCCAAGACCUAUUCCGAUGGUCACCGCGACACCGACUCCAGAAUGAGGGCGCAAGUCCAGGGCCGGUCGAAGAGAAACCGGUGGAAGCAAAAAAUAUCUCAGCCGUGAGUGUCGCCGCCCCGCCCGCGCCUGCAAGUAACGUAGCGCCAGUGGCUGAGAAAGCGGUAUUAACUCCGACCAAGGCAACGCCUAAUUUCACAGCGGUAAAAAGUAAGACAGAGCCUCCCAAACCAGCAAAGAAAGAAACAGUCAGCCAGUCAGUCACACAGCCAGAGGUAAACUCAGGUACCAAGACAAGUUAUAAAACUUUAGUCCUAGCACCUUCAGCUUCAGGAGGUAAAAUGAGUUUUGAAUGGGCCAAAGAACAAGUGGAAAAGUUCAAAUUUGACUUUGAUGAUGCAGACAAAGACAAAAGUGGGUCACUGUCCUUCAGUGAAGUCUAUCAGGUCCUUAAAAAAGUUGGAUUUAAUGGAUCGGAGCAAGAAGCACAAGUGAUAUUCGGACAUUUAGACCGUGACAGUGAUAAGAAAGUUACACGAGAAGAAUUUGAAGCAUCACUCAAAAAUUUACCAAGGCUUACAAUCAAAGAAUUUUGUCUUCGCAAAGCAUUUCUUCAGCUUGAUAAAGAUAAAAGCGGGUAUCUAACCAGAGAGGAAAUAGAAGAUGCUACCAAAAAGUCAGCAGGUUUGGACAUUGCAGCUGAGAAAAUUGCAGAUCUGUUGAUCUAUCUUUGUAAAGAAGACAAAGAUCAGAAGGUCAGUUACGAAGAGUUCCUUCGAGUGUUCGGCGUGCACCAAGAGGCUACCGUCAUGAGACAGGUCUUCAGUAAGCUGGACGCUGACAAAAGCGGCUUCUUGACCAAGGACGAAAUCCUGGCUGCUGUCAAGUCCGAGUUCGAAUUGAAGUUGAAGGCAUCAAAGAUCUCCGACUUGCUCUGCUACUGGUGUAAAGACGAAGAUAAGAAGAUCAGCUACGAGGAGUUUGUCACCGUCUGGACCAAACAAGAAGCACAAAAGUAACGCCCACCUCAGUCUUUCCAUUUACUUACAAACUAUUGGAUUAUUUUAUUUAAAAUAUACACUUUAUUUCUAGUAUUUUUCUUUUGUAUGUAAUAUUCAUACACAAAUAAAAUCUGAACAUGCUUUCUUAUAAA